AAGGAAGAGUGAGUGCACUGUGACGCUGCUCACAGCUUUUUGCUUCUUGACUCAACUCAUCUCAGAAGCUUUGCCACCUUUUUCUUGAUAUUUCAGGGAUAGUGAUAUUGUGUUUUAGAAGAAAUUGAGAACUGAGAAGUUAAGCGACAUAGCCCUCCCUUCCCUCUGCACUGUGCCGGUCCUCUUUUCCUCUCCUCCCCCCCUCCCUCUCUCUAAAUAUCCUCCGUCUGGUCUUAGCUGUGGGGAUGAAUGCAGACGGAGACAGAUGGUACAGUAUAGUUAGUGUACUAGGAACUGAGGGUGAAGGAAAGAGUUCUGUGUCUCGCUGGACUGGACUAGGCUGAGAGAGGAGAGUGCUACCUGGUCAUGGGAUGCUGUAGUGUGACUCAGAGUGGAGCGCAUUCCGGGAUUGACGAUGUGGGCCCUGACGAGAUCGAGCUCCUGGAGAUUGACAACUCAGGGAUAUGGAGUCUAGGAGAGAGCAGGCUUCAGCUCUCCGUGAGGAAUGGAAAAGACGGUCCACCCUCUCGCUACCCUUCAGUGAGACACCUCAACCAGGAGGUUGUGCUAUGGGGCAGGAGCAGAGAGGAGCUACACCACAGAAUCUACAACCAGCCCAUCCGUGACUGGGAGGGCCAACCUACACACAUGUAUGGAGAGAUAGUGCACUCCUCCCUGGUGUCUCUCCACAACAGCUACACACAGGAGACACGUGAACACUAUCUGGUGCUGUUCUCCUUCCACUUGUUGAUCCUAUCUCUGGACCACUCUCACCAUGAUUUUAUCUAUGAGGGCAUGCUACCUCUCUCUGGACUGUCUUUCCAAGCCACCUCACUAGCCUCCAACUCACAAACCAUGUUCCAGAUCAGUGGUCCAAUGGUGGACUCCAAAGUAUUCACCUGUGCCAGUGCAGCAGAGAUGAACAAAUGGAUACACCACAUGGAGGAGAGGAAAUACAAAUCCAUGAGCCAACUGCUAAGCCCCUCCCACUGUGCACUGUCUUACCUGGUACCCUGCGAUGAGAUCUGGAAGAAAGAGGAACUGAAAACGUAUUUACUGCAAGCCCCAAUUCAGCAGUGGGAAGGGGCCCCCAUCCAGCACAUGGGCCAGCCUGUAUACAUAUCCAUGGUCCACAUCAUCAACACACAGAGACAGGGACUCCAUCAGCAACUUCUAGUCCUCUUCCCUCAAGAUGUCCUCCUGCUCUCUGUGGAUAACAAGAGCCUCAGUGUCAUAUAUGAGGGUAGAUUGCCUCGGAAAAGCAUCACAGCCGUGGAGAGGUCAGCAUUACCUGGGAGGCUGGAGUUCGAGUUAGCAGGUGAACUGAUUGAGCCGCUGCAGGUAUCUUGCACCUGUCCUGAAGAAUAUCAGAACUGGAUCUUCCAGCUACAACAGCCGGAAAAAAACCUCCAAGCUACCUCAAACCACCCGGCUCCACCUCUCAUGCCAAAAAAACAAAGGAGCAGAAAGGAGUCCCAGGAACCAAUGAUAAUUGCACAUUAAUGAGACUAACUGACCAAUGGCCUCACAAUAUAGAAGACUCAUGCCUCUUUUCAUUAAUAGACACUAUUUGUGGAUAUCAUGUAUACAGUUCCUUUAGAAAGUAUUCAUACCCCUUGACUUAUUCCACAUUUUGCUGUGUUAUAGCCUGAAUUCAAAAUUGAUUAAACAUAUAUUUUUUUCUCACCAAUCUACAUAAAAUAGCUCAUAAUUAGUGAAAACAUGUUUUUAGAAAUGUUUGCAAAUUUACUGGAAAUGAAAUACAGAAAUAUCUAAUUUACAUAAGCAUUCACAUAAGCAUAAGCAUUCACACCCCUGAGUCAAUACAUGUUGGAAUCACCUUCGGCAGCUA